UGAUGAACAUUGAUUUUGUUUUCCAACCAACACACUUUAUAUACUGGAUACACGCACUACUAAUUCAUCCUAUCCUGCAUCUUUAUAUAUGCUACACUACCUCAUUAGUAGUACGCGUCAACAACCUGCAAUCAUGCAUGCAUUAAUUUGCAGCUAGCUAUUGAACCAGAUUUUAGCUAUUGAUAACCACUUAUGAUCAACUAUCUCUGUCACCUUUACAGUAAGCCACUCUACUUAAGUCAAUUGAAUUCAUAAAUUAACCUUGUUACAAAUAAGAUUAGAAAAAUGGGGAAGCUUCUUUUCUUGAUCAUAAUUUCUGUAUGUGCUGUUGUGAAUGCCCAAAAUUCAACUUCAACCACGCUUGUACCAGCAAUCAUAACCUUUGGCGACUCGACUGUAGAUGUGGGAAACAAUGACUAUCUUCCUUUUACUAUCUUCAAGGCUAACUAUCCACCUUACGGCAGGGAUUUCAAGAAACACAAAGCUACGGGGAGGUUCUGCAAUGGCAAAUUAGCCACUGAUAUUACUGCUGAUACUCUUGGAUUUACAACUUACCCGCCAGCAUAUCUAAGCCCGCAAGCAUCCGGGAAGAAUCUUCUGAUCGGUGCCAACUUUGCUUCAGCGGCAUCUGGCUAUGAUGAAAAAACAGCUCUCUUGAAUCAUGCUAUAUCAUUGUCACAACAGUUGCAGUACUACAAAGAAUAUCAAGCUAAACUAGCAGCCGUAGCAGGAAGUAAGAAAGCAGCAUCCAUACUCAAGGAAGCAUUAUAUCUAGCAAGCUUUGGAAGUAGUGAUUUCCUUCAGAACUAUUACAUUAAUCCCUUGAUCAACAAAAUCUACACUCCUGAUCAAUACGCUUCUAAUCUCGUCCUUUCAUAUAAAAGCUUCAUAAGGGAUUUGCAUGGGUUGGGAGCGAGGAGAAUUGGGGUGACUUCUCUGCCACCGCUUGGAUGUCUACCCUUAGCUAGAACUCUGUUCGGAUUCCAUGAAAAAGGGUGUGUAUCUAAGAUUAAUACCGUUUCAAAGGAUUUCAACAAGAAGAUAAAGUCAGCUACGUCGCAACUCCAGAAGCAGUUUCCUGACCUCAAAGUUGCAGUCUUUGACAUUUUUAAACCCCUCUAUGAUGUUAUUUCUUCUCCAUCAAAAAAUGGUUUUCUGGUGGCAAACAGGGGUUGUUGUGGAAUAGGGAAAGUGGAGACUACUAUACUCUUGUGUAAUCCCAAGUCAAUAGGAACUUGUAAGAAUGCGACUCAGUAUGUGUUCUGGGACAGUGUACAUCCUUCUGAGGCUGCCAAUCAGAUUCUUGCCGAUUCAUUGAUUAUCGAAGGCAUCAACCUAAUUGGAUGAUUUAUUCAUCACAUGAACCUAUCUACCCCAUUUGUACAAUAUACAUACUAGUACGUGCCAAAGCUGCUGUUACCUCUCUGCAUGUGUACUUUCUGGUGAGACAGUAUGCAGUUAAGGCAAAUGAUUGUCAUGUAUUGCUUGCUAAAUCCCUUUCCUAAUUAAUAAAAGCGAUUUCACAAAGAGUUUUUAAAGAAUUUAUUUUCUUGC